AAGAAAGAAAGAGAGAGAGAGAGGAGUCUUACCCACACGAGCGGUUUUGAGUUGCAUGCAGAGGAAGAGCAGAGAACCCAAGAGAAAUAAUCUUGAAGUAAGUACCCACCCUGACCAGAGACUCUGGGUACAUGGUGUUUUUCUUAAUUUAAAGUUCAAACUUUGUUCCCUUUUUACUGUAAAUCCCAUCUCUUCUGUUCUCCUUGUUUAUUCCUUCUUCUGCUUUUAAUGCUUAUUUCUAACAAGUUCUAUAAAACAAAAUGUAUUAAAUACUCAAGAUCAAACAACCUCUUCUCAGUUCUCUCAUUAUAUAGCAAGUUUUCAUUUAUCAAAAUUUGUACCAACUGUAAUUAUAUACUACAUAAGUAGCAAAUUAGCAGUAAUGUUGAAGUAGGAAUAUCUACUUGUUUGUUAGUAGUGGGUUCGUUUAAUUCUUGAUUUCUUUCUUUAGGAACUAGUCUUAAUCUCAUCAGUUAGUUUUUUACUAAUAUUUGAUCAUCACAAUGACUUUACAACAACCACAACAAAAUCUUCAAAAAUCAAGUGGUGGUGAUGAAAGUAGUUAUUUUAGAAGAAGAUUUCAAGAGAUCAACUUUCUGUCUUCUCGUCCAUCAUCACCCACUUCGUUAUCUCUUAGUUUUGGUCCAUUUUCUUCUUCGUCUUCUCCUUCCAAGGAUAAAAGCAUGAUGAGUAAAAGUUCAGAUUUGAGUUUUCAAGUAAUGGGGGGAUCAAAUGAUGAGCAAAACAUCAAAAGUUGGAGUUUCCAGACUACUUCUGAAGAAACUGCCAUAAAAAAUGAAAUGCCUUGUAAUGCUGAUUAUCAAAAACAACAGGACAGUGAAAGUUUUGGUCAUGGAAGCAAUCAACAAAGUACAAGUAGUGUGCAUUCUAUUGCAAGAGGGCAUUGGAGACCAGCUGAGGAUUCCAAACUUAAAGAACUCGUAUCUCAGUAUGGUCCUCAAAACUGGAAUCUCAUUUCAGAGAAACUACAAGGAAGAUCAGGAAAAAGUUGUAGAUUAAGAUGGUUUAAUCAACUGGAUCCAAGGAUUAACAGAAGAGCAUUUAGUGAAGAAGAGGAAGAGAGACUGUUAGCAGCACACAGAUUAUAUGGAAAUAGAUGGGCUAUGAUUUCUAGACUUUUCCCUGGUAGAACUGAUAAUGGUGUUAAGAAUCAUUGGCAUGUUAUCAUGGCUAGAAAACAGAGAGAACAAUCUAAUAAUCUUUCUAGGAGGUCAUCUAGAAAACCAUUUCCUCCUAUUCCUACUGCUAGUACUACUACUUAUGACCAUCAAACCCUUUUGAUGAUGAAACAUGCAGAUUUGAAAUUGAUUAGUUCUUAUCAUCAAAAGAAUGCAGCAGCAGGAGGAGCAGGAGCACGUAGUGAAUCAACCAUUACUACUAAAGAUGACCAAUCUACUUCAACUUGCACUAAUUUGUCUCUUAACUCAUCUUCUGCGGCCAGAACCCAACCUAUUAGUCCUAAUCAAAUGCUCUUUGAUUUCCAAAUGGGUCCAUCUGAAGAAAAUAUGAUGUCUUUUAGCAGUGGGUGUUUGUAUAGUGAGAAGACCAAGACUGGGAUCAGUAAACAUGAUAGUUAUCCAAUGAAGAUGGUUAUUGGUUUAGAUCAUCAUCCAUCUGGUGGUUAUUCUGAUUCAAACUCUGAAAUUUCAGCUAAUGAUAGUUCAGUACAUAAAAGAGGGAGACGUAAUCUUAAUACCGGAGAUAAUGAAGCUUUGCCUUUCAUUGAUUUCCUUGGAGUUGGAACCACGGCAUAAUAGACUGAAAGGGUUUUAUUAAGAACUUGGCAUAGAAACAAGGGAUAAUUUGAAGAAAUAUAUCUUGAAAUGUACAUGGUCACAGUUUUGUUAAUCAACAGUAAGAAACCUUUUGUUGC